CGAGCCCGAGGCAGCGGCUGUCGGGCCGGGGCCGUGAGUCGGGGGGCGGGGACAGAGGGCCGAGAUGGCGAGGGCUGCGGCACAGUGGGGCUGCUGCUGGAACACUCCUUUGAGAUCGAUGGCAGCAUGCUCUUCCGGAAGCGGGGCUCGCUGCUCUGGAACCAGCAGGAUGGCUCCCUGUCCUUGUCGCAGCGGCAGCUCAGCGAGGAGGAUCGGAGCCGCCUGCGGGAUGUAGCGGCCGUGAAUGGCCUCUAUCGACUGCGAGUCCCACGGCGCCCGGGGGCCACUGAAGGCCUGGAGGCUGGCGGCCACGUCUCCUCCUUUGUCCCUGCAUGCUCCCUGGUGGAGUCUCACCUUUCAGAUCAGCUGACCUUGCACGUGGACAUUGCCGGCAACGUGGUGGGUGUGUCUGUGGUGACGCAGCCUGGGGGCUGCCGCGGCCACGAGGUGGAGGACGUGGACCUGGAGCUGUUCAACACUACAGUGCAGCUGCAGCCACCGACCACGGCCCCAGGCCCCGAGACGGCGGCCUUUAUUGAGCGUCUGGAGAUGGAGCAGGCCCAGAGGGCCAAGAACCCCCAGGAGCAGAAGUCCUUUUUUGCUAAAUAUUGGAUGUACAUCAUUCCCUUCGUGCUGUUCCUCAUGAUGUCUGGAGCACCGGAUGCCGGCGGCCAAGGCGGGGGCCAGAGUGGGGGUGCCGGUGGCGGUGGGGGGCGCUGAGGGUCCGAGCUGCCCUAGGUCAAUGCCCUUGUCCCUUCCUGGGCAUGCCCCUCUGCCCAGAGAUCACCCCAAGCAUUUGCACCCCUGGUUCUCCCAUCCUUCUGUUAGCCCUAGUCAGCCACAGGACCUGCCAGGCCACCUGUCCCCUCACCGGCUUGUGUGUCCCUGUGGAGGCGGAGAGCUGGCUGCCAUCGAGGCCCUUCCGUGUUGGCACGUGUCCACCUGCUGCCCCCGUCCUUGCUGGCUGGACCCACAGGGCCCUUGACCCCUCACGCCCCAACUUGUGCAACUGCAGUUUGGGGGACACGCAAACUUCUCUCCAGCAAUCAGUCUUUGGUGUGGUGGUCUCCCCUAGGGGCUACUCUGCCGGCCCUAUUAGGACAGGUGGCCCCCCCAGAAUGGCCUUUGCCUUGCUGACCCCCAGAUUUGGAUGCCUUGUCAACCUGCCCCCCGAUCCUGGGCCUGGCAUGGGGUCACCUUCAGGCUGCCUUCCGACUGGCAGGUUGACCUUGCUCUGCCCGGGGUGGGGGGCAAGGCCCUGAGGAAGUGUGGGAUCCCAGCCUGCAGGGGAGUAUGCAGAAAUGCCUCUAUACAGAAGAUUAAGCUAGGGUGUCCAGGGCCAAAUGAUGUUCUAGGGUCCCUUUGGCUUUGACCCCCGAGGCUCUGGAAGGUCAGACUCGGGACACAGCGGUUGGAGGCCUGCGCUGGAACCUGCCGACCUCCCCCAUCCCUUUUGAAAAGUCUACUGAAAAAGACGGUAUAUUGAAACGCCUGACCCACCGGAAUACAAUGAACUUUUUGAAAAGCGGGAACACGCAGCCACUGAGCGCCUCUGUUAACGUCCUUGGCCUCCAGCCAGCAUCUUACAAGCCUCUGCGACUUGGCUUCGGAGCAGGAGUCAGAAGCCCCACUCAAACGCGGCGGCCGUAAAGUGCCGCGUCGCGCAGCGGUUUACGUCAGCCACGCCGGCCGUGCAAUACGGCGGCCCGUCCACGAGCUCCAUCCUGACGGCCGGAUAAUGCUCAGCUGUGCCGUGCGACGGCGGCGCGCGCAGCCCCCCAGGUGUGCGAUGUCAGCUUCUCCCUGGCGUGAGUGUGGACUCGGUCACGCGACUAAGGUGGCCAGACCGCGCUCUGCUGCAUGCAUGAAUUCUAGGUCCCGUGGCUCCGUUGUUAAAACGUCAGCCUAAGGGGCACGUGGUGCUGAGCUGUUUGCCGCCGCCUUUGCUGUUUUUAAAUUGACCCUGCGAAGAGGGGCCUUAGGCCAGUGUAAGCGGACGGUGACCCUACAGGCCGGCCGCAAAGACGCAGCGAGUUCAGCUCCAGGCCACCGUAGUAAUAAAGCAAAUGCCGCCA